AUGUUCAGAGUGCAGGAAAUCUUUCACUCAGAAAAGACACCUUGUUACACAUCAGAGAAUUCACACGGGUGA